AGUACAAAAUAUGGCACAUGUUGUUGGAUAUUAAAGGUGAUAUGCGUAUGUAAAAAAAAAAAAAUGAAAGAACUCUCUCGCUAAGAUCUUGAAAUCGAAUCCAAAGAAAGUUGAAUGAUGGAUGCGAUUGAUUUUGAGGCGAUGCUGAAUGGGGCAGAGGCACCUGUAACUGCGGAGUGUUGCAUCUACAGAGUGCCCUUUCCUAUUCGCAAACACAAAGAAGAUGCUUACACUCCAAAUGUUGUUUCUAUUGGCCCUUUUCACCACAAUCUCCAUCCUCACCUCCUUAACAUGGAAAGACACAAACUCAGUUAUUGUAAGGCCUUUCUUCAGCGAACCAACACAACUUGGGAUUGUUGGAUCUGCUACAUAAAAGAAGAGGUGGAGCCCCAUUUUCAUCGUUUUUAUUCAGACACCCUUGAAUUCAGUAAAGAGGAACUGGUGAGGAUCAUAUUUGUGGAUUCCAGUUUUAUACUUGAGCUCUUUUGUAGAUACCAUGCUCAAGAAUGGUCAAGGGAGGACGUGUGUCUUUCAACACCUUGGUUGAAGUGUUAUAUAAGAGUAGAUUUGUUGUUACUUGAGAACCAGCUUCCUUUUUCUAUUCUUCAGGCUCUGUUUAAUAAGUUCUUCACCACCAGGUCUAAUUAUAAUAUCCCUUCAUUUCUUGAGCUUUCGUUUAAAUAUUUUGAAAAUUUCAAUAGAUCCAACUUGAGUUUUGAUAAUAUUAGCAUAAAGCACUUUACCGAUCUCGUAAGAACUUUUCACUUACAACAUCCUCUUCAAAUACGACCAUCUAGGAUUGAACAAGUGUUGAUACAACAACUUCCUAGUCUGACUGAGUUGUGUGAAGCAGGAGUGAGAAUUAAGGUUAAGAGUGAAAAUAAGUGUUUACUAGACUUGACAUUUUCAGGAGGGGUUCUCAGAAUUCCAGAGUUGAUAGUGGAUGACUGGACUGAAUUUUUGUUUAGAAAUAUGGUGGUUUUGGAACAGUGUCACUAUCCAUAUGAAUCCUACAUUAUUGACUAUGUUGAGAUUAUGGAGUUCCUUAUAAAUACGAAGGAAGAUGUGGAUAAAUUGAUUCAAAAGAAAGUACUGAUUAACUGGUUAGAAGAUGUUGAUUCUGUGGCUAUCAUGUUUAAUGGUUUUGGCAAAAAUGUUACGCUAUCAGAUAGAAAUUCUUAUUACAAUCAAAUCUUCAAAGAGUUGAAUGAUUUUUAUGGAAACCCUUGUAAUAUUUUGAAGUCGACUCUGAGGCGUGAUUAUUGUAAAACUCCUUGGCAAGCUGCAGUUUCAUUUGCUGGAAUUAUUCUCCUUGUUUUGGCUUUGGUUCAAACAGUUUUUUCUAUCUUGCAAGUAAUGCACCAAUAGAAUGCCUCCCCACCCAGAAAGAUUCGGUUGACAUUUGAGUUGAGAAAAAAAGACAUGAAGAUUGGUCAUUUGCUUUAUUUAAGGGAUUUCACAAUUAAGUUUAAGGGGUCUUGAGCUGUAUUUAUGUUUAAUAAUUUAGAUUUUACCAAACAAGGAGUCUUGAGCUGUAUUUAUGUUAUUUAUAAAUAUUUGUUGCAGAUUCUUAUAUUA